UUGUCUACCUUGUGAUUUUUCUUAGGUUGCUGAGACUGCAAAGAAGUUGAGAAUUCUUGUGAUUUCAGAUGAAGUUUAUGCUCAUCUUACAUUUGGUGACCGACCUUUUGUUUCAAUGGGCGUUUUUGGUUCUAUUACUCCUGUUAUUACUCUUGGUUCUAUAUCAAAGAGGUGGGCGGUGCCUGGUUGGCGAAUGGGCUGGCUUGCAACAUGUGAUCCCAAUGGUAUCUUGAAAAAAACUAAUAUUGUCCAAUGCAUUAAGAGCUAUCUGGAAGUCUCUUGUGAUCCUGCAACCAUCACUCAGGGAGCACUUCCUCACAUUAUAGAGAAAACGAACAAGGAGUUCUUCAGCAAUAUAGUUGAUAUGUUGAGGCAAAUGGCUGAGAUAUGCUAUGAUGCUGUGACGAAGAUCCCCUGCAUUUAUUGCCCUACCAAACCAGAGGCAUCCAUGUUUGUAAUGGUGAAGCUGGAUGUAUCUCAACUCCAAGGCAUAUCAGAUGAUGUUGAUUUCUGCAUUAAGUUGGCCAGGGAAGAAUCAGUAAUCCUGAUGCCAGGGAAAGUUCUUGGGAUUCCUGGAUGGUUACGCAUAGCUUUUGCUGUUUCCCCUCACCUUUUGGAAGAUGGUCUCAGGAGGAUUCAGUCCUUUUGUCAAAGGCACUCAAAGCAUCAAUAAAAGCCCAACUAUAACCAUCACAUUGGUUGGUACAUGGCGAGGAGGGAACUUUCUCUUCUCCAUUUUAGUAGCAGCAAGAUCUCGAUAUAACAAUGAAAUUAUUCUUGAAGCAUCAGGCAUGUGUGGUUCGGAUUUUUAAAAGUGCUGCAUCUACUGGUCCAUAUUUUGUGGAUGUUAGUGGAGCAGAUCUGGAUUGUCUAGUGCUCCAUGCGGAUAUAAGAUGGUGAUUCAUUGUGAAUUUGACGAUCAUAGAUUGCAGGAAUAAAAGGAAAUGGCCAUAUGCAACAAUGCUUCAAUUUAUGAGCUCUCUUGUUAAUGACUCUAUAUAUGAUGUAUUGAAUGGCCUGUACUGUAGCCUCGCUUGAUAGCCUUCCUAAUAUUGUUGCAGUCAGUGUUUAAAACCUGGCGAUCAGUAUAAGGAAUUGCCGGUUUUUGAAACACUACUUAAUUGGUACUCAUUUAUUUAUUGAAUGAAUUAUAAAUCAAUUUGCAUUUUAAGAAUA